AUGGGAGUCUCUAGUAGUGGUCCUGUGUUUUUGAAGGCAGUUGAUACUUCAGGAAACUAUAAGGAUGUUGCCUACUUGGCUAGUUUUUUUAAGAACACCAUUGAAGAAGUUGGGGUUAAGAAUGUUGUACAAUUGAUUACCGACAAUGCACCUGUGUGCAAGGCAGCUGCUAUGCAAGUGGAGAACACUUUCAAGCAUAUCUUUUGGACUCCAUGUGUAGCACACACACUGAACUUGGCCUUGAAAGAUCUAUGCGAGUGCAAGCCGACAACCAAACACCAAGGAAGAUUUGAAGAGUUUCAGUGGAUGCAAGACUUGGUUACAGAAGGAAGAGCAGUCAAAAUAUUUGUUGCGAAUCACUCAAAAGCUUUAAAAAUUUACAAGAAAUAUGCUACACUAAAGUUGCUGAGCUAUGGUGAAACAAGGUUUGCUACUAACCUGAUUAUGUUGCUCCGUUUGGUUGAAGUUAAAUCAGCUUUGUCGGCCAUGGUGAUGGACAAAGAUUGGAAAGAUUACAAAGGGGAAGACGUUGCUAAGGCACUACUGAUUAAGAAUAGGAUUUGUGAUGAUGAUUGGUGGGAAAAGGUAUGUUACUUGAUCAAUCUCACUGCACCAAUUGUUGAUUUCUUGAGGUUCACCGACACUGACAAACCAUCUUUGCACAAAGUGUAUGAUAUGUGGGAUACCAUGAUUGAAAGGGUAAGGCUAGUGAUAUAUGAACAUGAGGAUAAAAAUCUUGAAACAGGAUCAUCUUCUUUUUAUGAUCAAGCACAUGACGUUCUUGUGCGAAGAUGGAACAAGAGCAACAAUCCGCUAAUAUGUUUGGCUCAUUGUUUAAAUCCAAAAUUCUACAGUGAUGAAUGGAUUGAAGGUGGGUUGAAUCGUGUUCAUCCACAUCGUGAUGAGGAGUUAUCAAAUGGUAGAAUCACUUUCUUUGAGAGAUUAUUUACUAUCUCGGAAGAUAGAAAAGCAAUUACAGAUCAGUAUGGUGCAUUUUCUGGAUGCAGUCUGGGCUUCUCUAGUUGGAUCUCUCAAAGAGAUAGGAAUACAGAAGAUGCUGCAUCAUGGUGGAACAACUAUGGAUCUUCUGCACCUUUGCUAGCUAAGUUGGCUGACAGUUUGAUGAACCAACCAUGCACCGCUUCUAGUGCUGAGAGAAAUUGGUCAACGUAUUCGCAAAUUCAAAAUGCAAAGCGCAACAAGCUUGAUCCACAAAGAGCAGAAGAUCUGGUGUAUGUUCAUAGUAGUCUGAGAUUGUUAUCUAGAAAAGAGGAUAGAUAUACCAAAGGGCCAACUCAAUAUUGGGAUGUUCAAAAUGAUGAAUCUAGUCUGAGAGCACCUACUGAACAAGAAUUAGCAAACUUAGGCCUUGAUAAACCUAGUUACACUCUGCCACCAAGUGGUGAUUCAGAGGACAUUUUAGCUACAGGUCUGAAACUAUAUCUACAUUUCAGUGAGACCAAAAAGAUAAGUGGACAGUUGAAGUUUAUGCAGUGA